UUGGUCACGAUAGUGUAGCACAGCAAAUUACUCAACUUUUCCCUUUCGCUGUUUUAUCUUCCGGGUUACAUUUUUCAUAUACUUUCGCUGGUUGAAGUAUUUAAUAGGCCUGCAGUUUCUUUAGAAAUUUUCCUCAGCCUCUCGAUCGUCAUCUUCUCCUCCCAUCUCGAAUAUAGUCAGGACUAUUCCCACCAUGUUUAUUGGACGGCUUACAGGCGUGUUCGUGCUCGCAUCCCAUGUUUUUAUGGUUUCCGCGCAGGAGGGUGUCCCUGUGGACUUGAUAGGCACGUUCAACACUGAUGCUAUCGAGAUUCAGGCAAGUUUCGGUGGCGAUGCGUCCGAGGGCUUUGCGAGUGGUACCACGAUCGAUGCAGGUCAGACUCAAACUGUUCCUACCUUCGCCUUAGGCGAUUCGUCCGGCAUCAACACCCAAGUCCAGUAUGCCAUCGCCAUGGUCGACACGACCUGUGAUAAGCGGAUCUUGCACUACUACAAGACGAAUUUCGCUGCGACAAACGAGAAGACUAAGCUUGCAUCCGAUGAGUCUCCACUCGUCAAAUAUGCCGGGCCGGGUUCAUUCCAGGAAAGGGGUUCGCGCACCUAUACCUUCGUGAUGUGGCGCCAGCCACCCCGCGGGCUCAAUCCAGCUGCUGCAGUCUCCGGUCAGGAGAUCGACGUUGUUGAUUUCGGGAAACAGCAAGGUCUAGGUGAUGCCAAAGCAGGUGUAGCCUUCAAAGUCGAGCUCGGCGGUGAGACGAAUUGUGGCGGAGACAGCCCAGCUCCAGCUCCAGCUCCAGCUCCAGCUCCAGCUUCAACGCCAUCAGCACAGGAAUCAUCUGCUGCUUCCAUACCACCCUCUGAGACAACAAACACUCCUCUUUCCCCACCCAUGGAAUCUGCAAAUAUUGAACGUCCCGAGAGCUGGCCAUCUACUAUGCCAUGGCCCGUCCCAUCCGGUAGUCCCUGGCCUCAAGCACCCAAGGACUGGCCCUCGACACUGGCGUGGCCAAAGCCGACGUACGCUCCUAUCUGGCCUUCCUCAUACACACCAGCACCCUGGCCUACAGAGACACCUUAUGUGCACCCUGCUCCCCCAGCUCCGCCAACUGUAGCUUCAUCUGCGCCUGAGGUCUCUGUUGUCGUGCCCUCUUCUGUACUGCCAUCUUCUGGUCCGCCUACGCCAACACAAGUAGUGCCACCUGCUAUACCGAGUGUAACUGGUUUGUCGGUUGAGAGCCCGACGCCUACGCCGCCAGUGUUCCUAGGUACCGCAAGUACGAAAGGGGCUAGUAUUGCCGCCAUGGUCGGGGCUCUUGUACUGGCGAUAUCUAUGCUAUGAGGAGGGCUUGUAGAUGAAGAGUCGGCAUCCAAUGUUGGAAAUAGUGUUCUGAGGCCCUAUUCGCUUUGUAUUGCAUACCGGAGUAUGUU